AUGACUUCUCUUGCUACUAAAACACCCGUCUUCUUUGUCUCUCAUGGCGGCCCUAAUCUCUUGGAGAACCAAGCUAAACCCGGUGAUUUUUACAGCUGGUUUGGUCAAUACCUGAAGAACGAACUGAAGCCUAAAGCCAUCGUCAUUAUCAGUGCGCAUUGGCAAGGUGAAGGACCCGAUGGCAUCUUUGUGGAUGUAUCUGAAAAGCCUAAAUUGAUCUAUGAUUUUUACAACUUUCCCAAACAUUACUAUGAAGAGAAAUGGGAUCAUCAAGGAUCACCCGCUUCUGGAUUAAAGGCGUCAGGUCAAAAGUAUGGUAAUGACCAUGGUGUGUGGGUUCCUUUAAAACGAGCCAUGCGAUCCAACCCUCAUAUACCCAUUGUGGAAGUCUCGACUUUCUCUCAUGAAGAUAUGGACAUGCAUGUUAAAUUAGGUGAAGCGUUGGCCCCCCUCAGGUAA